AAACGCGCGGUUGGCAGACAAGGGUCGUUCUUCAGAAGUUGAUGAUGGUCUGCUGACCGGACGAGAAGUGAUCGGUGGAGUUUCUCCGGGGUUUGUAGCGUCUGCGAGAAGCUGGUCAUGGGGAACCGCGGGAUGGAGGAGCUGAUCCCCCUCAUUAAUAAGCUGCAGGACGCGUUCAGCUGCAUCGGCCAGAGCUGCCACCUGGAGCUGCCGCAGAUCGCGGUGGUGGGCGGCCAGAGCGCCGGCAAGAGCUCGGUGCUGGAGAACUUCGUGGGCAGGGACUUUCUGCCGAGAGGAUCGGGCAUCGUCACUCGCAGGCCUCUGAUUCUCCAGCUAGUCAACAAUAAAGCAGAGUAUGCGGAGUUCCUGCACUGUAAGAGCCGUAAGUUUGUGGACUUUGACGAGGUUCGUCUGGAGAUCGAGGCCGAGACGGACCGAAUCACCGGAUCUAAUAAGGGAAUCUCUUCGGUACCCAUCAACCUGCGCGUUUACUCGCCCAACGUGCUGAAUCUGACGCUGAUCGAUCUGCCCGGCAUGACGAAGGUGGCGGUGGGAGACCAGCCGGUGGACAUCGAGUACCAGAUCCGAGACAUGCUGCUGCAGUUCAUCUCCAAAGAGAACUGCCUGAUCCUGGCUGUCACGCCGGCCAACUCCGACCUCGCCAACUCCGACGCACUGAAGAUCAGCAAAGAGGUGGACCCUCAGGGUCUGCGCACCAUCGGCGUGAUCACCAAACUGGACCUGAUGGACGAAGGAACCGACGCCAGAGACAUCCUGGAGAACAAGCUGCUUCCCCUGCGCAGAGGUUAUAUCGGUGUGGUGAACCGCAGUCAGAAGGACAUUGACGGCAGGAAGGACAUCAAAGUUGCACUCGCUGCUGAGAGGAAGUUCUUUCUGUCCCAUCCGGCGUACAGACACAUGGCCGAGAGAAUGGGCACAUCGUACCUGCAGAAAACACUCAACCAGCAACUGACGAAUCACAUCCGUGACACUCUGCCGGCGCUGCGCAGCAAACUUCAGUCUCAGCUGCUGUCGCUGGAGAAAGAGGUGGACGAGUACAAGAACUUCAAACCGGACGAUCCAGCGCGCAAAACCAAAGCCCUGCUGCAGAUGGUGCAGCAGUUCGGCGUGGACUUCGAGAAGCGGAUCGAGGGCUCUGGCGAUCAGGUGGACACGCUUGAGCUCUCCGGCGGCGCACGAAUCAAUCGCAUCUUCCACGAGCGCUUCCCGUUUGAGCUCGUUAAGAUGGAGUUUGAUGAGAAGGAGCUGAGGAGGGAGAUCAGUUACGCCAUCAAGAACAUUCAUGGAGUCAGGACGGGGCUCUUCACCCCUGACCUGGCCUUUGAGGCCAUCGUGAAAAAGCAGAUAGUUAAACUGAAGGAGCCGUGCCUCAAGUGUGUGGAUCUGGUGGUGUCUGAACUCGCCACACUCAUCCACAAGUGCACGGAGAAGUUGAACUCGUACCCUCAGCUGAGAGAAGAGACGGAGAGAAUCGUCACCACCUACAUCAGAGAGAGAGAAAGCAAAACUAAAGACCAGGUGAUGCUGCUGAUCGACAUCGAGCUCUCCUACAUCAACACAAACCACGAGGACUUCAUCGGUUUUGCCAACGCGCAGCAGCGGAGUGCAGCCAUCAGUAAGAAGAGAGCCAUGCCCAACCAGGUGAUCAGACGCGGUUGGCUGACCAUCAACAUCAGCAUAAUGAAGGGCGGAUCCAAGGACUACUGGUUCAUCCUGACCGCAGAGUCUCUGUCCUGGUACAAGGAUGAGGAGGAGAAAGAGAAGAAGUUCAUGCUGCCUCUGGAUAACCUGAAGCUCAGAGACGUUGAGAAAGGCUUCAUGUCCACCAAACAGACCUUCGGCAUCUUUAACACCGAGCAGAGGAACGUGUAUAAAGACCUGCGGCAGAUCGAGCUGGCCUGCGACUCUCAGGAGGACGUGGACAGCUGGAAAGCCUCCUUCCUGCGGGCGGGAGUCUAUCCCGAGAAAGACCAGACGGAGAACGAGGACAGCGUUCCGGCCGAUUCCCUCUCCAUGGACCCUCAGCUGGAGCGGCAGGUGGAGACCAUCCGUAACCUGGUGGACUCCUACACCGGCAUCGUCAACAAGAGCAUCCGAGACCUGAUGCCCAAAACCAUCAUGCACCUCAUGAUCAACAGCGCGAAGGAGUUCAUCUACUCGGAGCUGCUGGCGUUUCUGUACUCGUCUGGCGAUCAGAGCAGUCUGAUGGAGGAGUCGGCCGAACAGGCGCAGCGGCGCGAUGAGAUGCUCCGCAUGUAUCACGCGCUCAAAGAGGCGCUGCACAUCAUCGGAGACAUCAGCACCAGCACUGUUUCUGUACCUGUUCCUCCACCUGUGGACCACACCUGGAUCCACAACGACCCCAGUCCUCCAUCGCAGCAUAAACCAUCCUCAGUCACGGCUCCGCCCCCUGGUCGCCCCCCUGCAGUGCGAGGCCCCACCCCCGGCCCUCCGGCCCCACCUCCUCUUAACCCCUCCCCUGCGUUCGGAGCUCCGCCCGUUCCAUCCAGGCCUGGCCCUCCUCCAGCUCCGCCCCCUCAGGUGCCAUCCCGCCCCGCCCGCGUGCCGCCCGCUCUGCCGCCCGGCAUACCCAGGAGGCCUCCAGCCGCUCCGAACCGGCCCACUAUAAUCAGACCGUCAGAGCCGUCUCUGCUGGACUGAAGAGGAUCCAGAGAACGCCAAAGAAAACUACAACACACACAAGUGUCAUGGUUCAAAAAAGGGCUACACAUCGUUUCACUGACACAUGAUAUAUAUGUCAUCUCUUCCGUGCCUUUUCUCCAAGUAGUAGUAAUAACAAGACAUUUUAUGAUUGAGUUAAAUAAGCAUUUCCACGUAUGUAUGAUGUUCUCCAGAAAUGAUGAUUUCAGGGGAUUUGUUGGGAGGUAAACGUGUGACACCGAUGCACAGGUCCGUUCAUUUCACUCACAGAAUCAUGUUUACAGACGACUGAACCUCGACUGGCCGCACGAAACUUUAACACUCCAGUUUCUAUGCUAUGUGUGCAGAAACACUUAUUAGCAUUCCUAAUGAAGACAGCAGACACCAGUCACAGUUGCAUCAUUUCUGGACACUAUUUUGAACACUUUUUAUGGUCUAAACGACACACUAACUCCAGAGCAUCUCAAAAACCUCCUCUUAAUACACAGAAUACUGUGUUCAUUAACACAAUGUACUUUGGUAGCAUUAAAUACACUUCUCGAUAUUUUGCCUUAAACCACUUUAUUAAGUAAUUCUAGAUGUGAGGACUUGUUAAACACUUGUUUCGCAGUUAAACACUCGCCGUCUUGUUCAGCUUCGCUCCUCCAGUACAUUGAUUGGGUUUAUGGAUGUUUAGAUAUUAACUCGUUAGGGAAAUUAUUUUAUAUCAUGUAUGUCUAACACGAGAUCUUUCUUUCAUCUGUUCAUCGCUCUUUCAUUUAUUGUCUCUGUCGCUUGUUUUAUGUUUUUCAUGACAUUUCGCGAGGACUGCGAACAAAAGCACGCUUAACCAAAAUGUAGUGAUUAUUAUUAACAAUAAAAGGGCAGUUUGUUAAACUAAA